AUGUCUACAACCACAGGAGCGUUCAUUGCCGGGGGUAUUGCAGCUUGCGGGGCUGUUACCGUCACUCAUAGUUUCGAGACCGUUAAGAUUCGGCUUCAAUUGCAAGGAGAAUUACAAUCAGAUGCCGUCAAAAAGUACCGGGGUGUCCUUCACGGUGUCAAAGUUAUAUUACAAAAUGAAGGUCCCAAGGGCCUGUUUAGGGGUAUCGGCUCGGCUUAUGUCUACCAAGUGUUACUGAACGGAUGUCGUCUCGGCUUCUACGAACCAAUCCGAACAGGGCUCACGAAGGCCAUCUACGGUGAUCCUUCAGUACAGUCGCUCGGCGUCAACGUCUUCAGUGGAGCAAGUUCCGGUAUUCUAGGCGCCGCAGCUGGCUCUCCCUUUUUCCUCGUCAAGACACGAUUGCAGUCUUACUCUCCGUUCUUGCCGGUCGGUACACAGCACAAAUAUAAGAAUGCGUAUGAUGGGAUGCGACAAAUCUACGGAAAUGAAGGUGUCAAGGGUCUUUACCGUGGUGUUGGCGCGGCCAUGGUCCGAACUGGUUUCGGCAGCUCCGUUCAACUUCCCACUUAUUUCUUUGCGAAGAGGCGACUGAAGCGACACUUUGGAAUGGAAGAGGGACCGGCUCUUCAUCUCGCUAGUAGUACUGCAUCUGGAUUCGUAGUGUGUUGUGUCAUGCAUCCACCAGAUACUAUCAUGUCUCGCAUGUACAACCAGACCGGCAACCUGUACAAAGGCGUCUUCGACUGUCUUUACAAGACCGUUUCUACCGAAGGUUUGCUCGCCAUCUAUAAGGGAUAUUUCGCCCAUCUUGCCCGUAUUCUACCGCACACUAUUCUUACUCUCAGUCUUGCUGAGCAGACGAACAAAUUCAUUCGCGGGAUUGAAGACCGCAUUUUGUCGGACGACCUUCGGUCGAAAUUGUGA